UUCCCAAAAUUCAGCAGGAGGACGUAGGCGCCUCUUCAUGUUUUGGCAGUUUCUCAUCGAUAAAGCUACACGGAUAUAGAGCCUAUCAAGGAGACAGACCACCAGGAUUUUUAGUGGUUAUCCACGACAAAGCUACGAUGCUACUGACUGGGCAGUGACUGUCAGUGGGAGCUGGUUAGUGCUGCUUCACCAUGGCUGAUGGAAAUGAUGAUGAUGUCAUCCACCUGGCCAGCUUCAACGUGCACCGGAGCCAAGGCUCUCGUGCGGGUCAAAAAGAGUUGAUCACCAUUUCCGACGACUCGGAUGAAGAGCCAGUGACCUUUUUACCCGGCAGUCCGGUUUUAGUCCCAGACGAUGGCGAUGACGACGACGACGUCAGCAUACUAGAGGUACCACCUCCGGCACGCAGGAACAUAAUCCGCCAAGCAGCCAAAUGGAGCGGGAUCUUACACAACCCGGGUCAAAGCAGUGAGAUGGCCACCGCCGGGGACCCGGGCUCCGCUGCUUCUACCUCCAGAGACAUCAGGACGGACCAGCCGGCCACACACACAUCGACCGCUGUGCCCCCUGCCCCGACGUUGCCCGCACAGUUUCAGCCAAAGCACCACCCGUGCGCGCGGCACCGGGACAACACGCCGGCCCAUCCCGCCGACACCCCGUCUACCUCUAAGCCGUCUGGGACAGCCACCGUUUUUCAGGUUCAGCCGAGCACGUCGGGACUCCUCCUGGGCCCCUCGGCGUGCGCACCGCGGCGUCAGAGACACGAAGCUGCAACAGUGGCGUGUUCCUCCGCCAAGCCUCAAGAGACGUUGAGUAAGAGUUGCCGAGCAGCAGCGGACGGUACUCAGGCCAGUACGUCGUCUGCGCACGCACGGACUCAGCCUCAGCCGCAGCCGCCCAGCAUCCGGCCGUCGGCGCUCAUAACCCAGCCUCAGCCGCAGCAGCGGCACAAGAACUUUCCGUCGCACAAUCAGCCGCAGGGCAAUCUGGUGCAGAUCGAGCCGCAGCCCCUGGCCCAGGCCCCCGCCCAGACGCCUCAGGCCACGCCCGUCGUCCCGCCCGCGGUUCUAAUUGCCGCUGCCCCAGAAAGAUUAGGUUCUCCUGAGGCGGGCCACCGGAUCAUCCUGGGGAGCCAGGCGCCGGCGGAGGCCGUCCCGGAUCCCCCGCCGCAGGCCGCCGUGGCGGCGGCAUCCGCCCACGAAGUCCGGCCAGCCAACCCUCCGGUGCCCCACGACGGAGGAGGGGCUGCUGGAGGGGCUGAUUUACCUGCUCUGGUCCCAACCCCAGAGCAGGUAAAUCCAGCGCCGGCUCUGGUGGCCGUCCCGCCUGCACCUGAGGCCGUUCCCCAAAUAGAGGACGCCAGACCCGGACCCUCGGCGCCGCAGGGCAGACCGGACCAGCAGCCUCACGUUAGAGCCCUCAUCUCUGGAGUUCUGGAUCUACUCCCAGACGUCCAGGAAGCGUAUGUAGCAGAACUGAUCCUGAGGAAUAAUGUGAAAGACUUGAAUGUGAUCUGCAACCUGCUGCUGGAGAAUCCAGAGUAUCCGAGGAGGAGGGAGGCGGCUGCAGCCACAGCCGCUCCCACCAGCAUCCUGCUGGAGUCAGGAGACGCGCAGGCGGAGGUAACUGAGGACCUGUUCGACUAUGCCAAGCUGAGCAUGGCGGGGCCCAUGGUAAUCAUGCAGGCUGCCGACUUGCUGAUGGCAGACUUCAGGAUGCUCAGCUGUCAGGACAUCAAAUGGGCCCUCAACGCCCUGAAAGGACACUAUGCAAUCACACGCAAGGCCUUAUGUGAAGCUCUGAAGAAGUGGCAGGAAUCCGGUGACCCGUCCGGAAAGAGACGACGGAGCAGGACCUCGUCGGAGCGCUGCUACAUCGACUUUCAUUUUGAGCACGGUACUUACAGGUUGGACAGAAGGAUGUAUUUUUUGGAGAACGACCGGCGCUACUGCAGGACGUACAACAAUCUGGAAGGUUCUGUCCAAAAGGAGCUGUCGUUCUAUCAGCAGAAGACCAAGGAGUGGGCAGAGCACGAAGACUUCCUCCUUGCUCUGCAGGUCAACGAAGAUGAAUAUAAGAAGGACGGCCAGCUGAUCGAGUGCGGCUGCUGCUACGGGGAGUUUGCCUUUGAGAAGAUGACGCAGUGCUCAGACGGACACCUGUUCUGCAAGGAGUGCUUGGUUAAAUACGCCCAGGAGGCCGUGUUUGGCUCCGGCAAGUCGGAGCUGAGCUGCAUGGAGGACGGCUGCCCCUGCUCCUACCCCAUGUGCGAGCUGCAGAAGGUCCUCCCCGACAACAUCCUGUGCAAAUACAACGAGAGGCAGGCGGAGGAGGCUGUGGCGGCCACCUGCGCCGACGAGUUAGUGAGGUGUCCGUUUUGUAACUUCCCGGCCUUGUUGGACAAAGACAUGUCUCUGUUUAGCUGUCCGAACCCGCGCUGCCGCAAGGAGAGCUGCAGGAAGUGUCAUGUCCAGUGGAAGCAGCAUGUGGGGAAAACCUGCGAGCAGGUUCUGGAGAGAGACGAGAUCCGCAUGAGAGUUCUGUUCGAGGAGCGGAUGACGGCGGCGCGGGUCAGGAAGUGUGUGAAGUGCGGGACGGGCCUGGUGAAGUCGGAGGGCUGCAACCGGAUGUCGUGCCGCUGCGGCAGCUUCAUGUGCUACCUGUGCCGGGAGCCCAUCACGGGCUACAACCACUUCUGCCAGCACGCGCGCUCCCCCGGCGCCCCCUGCAGGCACUGUCGCAAAUGCUCGCUGUGGACCGACCCCACGCAAGAUGACGAGCGAAUCAUCCAGGAGAUCCAGAAGGAGGGCGAAGCCGAGCUGAGCAAGAAGUGCGCAGAUAAUUCAGGGAAGAGGGUCGGCCCGCCUCCUGAGGCCAUCAAAGACUCUAAACGGCCCCGUGUGGGUCCGCCCCCGGAGAACCUUCCCCAGCCCAACGCCCCGCCCGCGGCCCCCCACGGCCCCCAGGCGGUACAGGCCCCCCUGUUUGUCCCCCCUCGUGCCCACUACCAUGCGCCGGCGCCGCAGGGCCGGAUCUACCACCCCAUCAUCAUCCCGCGGUUGCCCCCGGCGCCCUACGUGCCCCCGCUGCAGCACGUGCCCCCCCUGAACAAUAACAACAACAACAACCAGCACAACCACAACCCGCCCUUCAACAUGGACCUGCCCAUGCACUACGGACCCCCGCCACACUACUACAGACGCUACUGAGAGCGCGGUGAGUUGCCGCCGCGUCCCGACCGCCACGUCUCAGCCAGACUUCCUGUCCGCAUAACAAACACUGAGAUCAGAACUGCAUUAAAGACCCGGCUCUGCUCCCUUUUUAAUUUGCCUUCUGCUGACUUCUAUUAUUCAAGAGGAUGUUCCCAUUUUACUUUUACGUUUUAGUUUUCUCUCUCUCUCUCUUUACAGAACCGAACCGGCGGACCGCUGAGGCGAUUUCUGUCCGGUUUCUACAGAUAUUUUUGAAUAAUAAAAAAAAGUGAAAAACAACAACAACAAAAAAAUACAUUGAAGUUUAGCAUUGCCUUCUGUAUUUUUGUCUAACAGGUGUGAAUUUUCUAACAAUAAAGUUUUCUUCACGAUG